AUGUUGAGAGGGCUCUUGUCUCAGAUUGAUGGGUUUGGGGUUGGACAACUUCAUCAUAGUCGAUGCACUGUUGCUGUAUGCUCUGAUUCCCUGACCAGUCCUGGAAAUGAAUCAUUGAAGAUAACACGAGAAAAAACAGUCACUGGAACGUUCGUCUUUGUCAAAUUUUCUUGUUUUGCUGGUGUUUUAUUUGAUGGGAGCCUGAGACUUAACCAGUUGAAUGGUUUAGAAGGUUGGCUUGAUAAAACGCCUUUGGUGUAUUGUUAUCAGCAGAAAGAGAAAGGGUAUAAGUGUCAGGAGUACAAGCUUGUCCUCUACCUACCUGGCUUUGGAAAGAUCAGUGGUAGCACUGCUAGCGAAAUCCAUCCAUCUAUAACUCUUGGAAGAGCUGUCAAUGACUCGGGUUCACGAUUUCUUGGAUUCGAUUCUCGUUAG